AUGAAAAGGGCACUAGAGAGACUGCGGCAGCUGCCAAGGGCUAAUGAAAGAUUUAACAUCUUUAACAGCGUGAAUCUGAGCGCUGCACAGCAGGUGAUGCCCUCUGAGAAACCGUUGGGCAAUCUUGUGGUGGGCAUUAAAGAUAACAUCGUGACGAAAAAGUUGCCCACGACAUGCUCUUCCGGGGUUCUGGCCGGAUACAUGUCGCCGUACGAUGCCACGGUGGUGGAGCUGUUGGAUGAGGCCGGGGCGGUGACAGCGGGGAAGACGAACAUGGACGAGUUCGGAAUGGGGUCUGGAGGCAUCCACUCUUUCUUCGGGCCGACACUCAACCCUGCGUUCCCGGAGCGGCCCACGGUGGCAGGGGGGUCGUCAUCGGGAUCUGCGGCGGCGGUGGCUGCGGGCGUGGUGGACUUUGCGCUGGGCACAGACACUGGCGGGUCGGUACGGAUGCCGGCGGCGUACACGUCGACGGUGGGGUUCAAGCCGAGCUACGGGCGGGUGUCGCGGCACGGCGUGAUCGCGUACGCGCAGAGCCUGGACACGGUGGGGAUCGGCGCGCGAGACGUCGGGCUGGUGCGGCGCGUGUUUGAGGUGUUGGACAGGCACGAUCCCAAAGAUCCGACGUCGCUACCAGACGAACUCCGGCAGCAGGCGGCGGCUCUGCGGCGGGAGAAGAAGCACCUGAAGAUCGGUAUCCCCGCGGAGUUGUUGCAUGGCAGCGUUGCUGCGGAGAUACGGGAGCGGCUGUUGGUCGUGCUGGACAAGCUGCAAGCCCAGGGGCACGAGCUCUAUCCUGUGUCUGUGCCGGCUGUGAAGAACUCUUUGCUUGUCUACUACAUGCUUGCCCCUGCAGAGGCUGCUUCGAACCUUGCCAGGUACGACGGAAUUCGGUACGGCUGUCGUGACGAGGAUCUUGAUAUGAGCGAUGAGGUGCUAUUUGCACCCACCAGGGGCAAGUUUGGGAAGGAGGUCAAAAACCGGAUUGUGCUUGGCAACUACAAUCUGUGCUCCGGCGCAUUUAAGAACAACUACAUGAAGGCGCAGAAACUGAGAGUCGAGCUUAUAAACCAGUUUGACUCGAUAUUUGCCUUUGAGAACAUCUGCACCGGAAACAAACCUAAUCCUGCUGGGGUGGAUGUGCUGCUCUCGCUGACCUGCAUGGCGCCACCACCUAGUCUCGAGGCCUUCACUAGCAAGGAGAACAAGAGUCCAGUCAACUCGUACAUCAACGACGUCUUCACGGUGCCAAUGUCCCUCGCUGGGCUUCCAUGCAUAUCUGUUCCUCUUGCUGGAAUGAAGGGAGUAGGUAUCCAACUCACCGCACAGUUUGCCGAUGACUACGGCUUACUCGAUGCAGCCGAGGACGUCAUGCAAGAACAAUUGAACUAG